AUGGAUAAUGACAACGAGGACAACGACGAUAACGACCCUCAUCGUCACGAGUUGUCGGCCAUCAACGAGCUCCCGGAGCGAGAGCGAUCUGACGACAAAGACAGCACCAGCGCCUACAACACCGGAGGGGAGAGCUGCCGCAGCACGCCGUUGGUCAGCACCGAGCAGAUCCCGCCUCUCCAGGAGGAGGAAGAUGAAGGAGGGAGACGGCUGAUGUCUCCGCCUCCUCUUCUCCCCCUGAGCCGCCUCCCUCCUCUGAACUCCCCCCUCACCCCGCGGCGUCACGGUCGCGACCGCGACAGAGAAAGGCGCCACUCCAACCUCAGCUGCUCUUUCUCCCCGAGCACUUACAGGAAGUACGAAGCAGCCAACGGGUCAAGCUCCACCCCCUCCACGCCCUCCAAGUUCAGGUCUCUGACCAGAGAGGCGGGGUCAUCUUCGAGAAGGGGCGUGGCUGAUGGAGGGCGGGGCUCCAGAGCAGGUGGCGCCACCGACAGGUGCGGCGGUGGAAGUGCAGAGUCCAGUCCCUAUUUCAGCAGAAGACACCACAGCCACAACAAGCCGCUAGAGCGCUACCAGAGCUGCAUGACGCUGCCCUCCGAGGGCCUGGUGGACCCUCUGGAUCGAGUGAGAGACAGAGCGAGGGCCGAGGGCGAGGAGAGGGGGAUGGGCACGGGCAGCAGCGGCCCAGCCAGCCCCAGGAGCGUGAACAGCGCCCCCUGUGGUCUGGAGGACCACCACAGAGGCGCCUCGCGGUUAGGACUGGCACUACCGCUCGGGCUGACGCACUCAUCACCCACAGCCUCACCGCAGCGCAUGGAGUGGAAG